AUGGGCAAUGAAAGAGCAGAUGCUCUGGCCAAGGAGGCCACAUUACAGAGUGAAAUAGCAUAUAACAAAAUACCAUUGUCCUAUAUUAAGAAAAUGCUUCGACAAGAAUCCAUACAGGAAUGGCAAGAGGAGUGGAGCUACAGUGAGAAGGGACGGCAUACCUUCUGGUUGCUUCCUAACAUUCAAGAAAGAAUACAUGAUCUAAACUGGCUCCCAAUAGAUCAUAUAAUGACACAACUGUUGACUAAUCACUGCAAUACUAAAGAAUACCUGAAUAGGAUCGGCAAACAUCAAGAUAUAUCUUGUGAAUGUGGAAAUGGAAACCACAGCUUGGAACACGUUAUAAAUGACUGUUCAAAAUACGACAUGGAUAGGAUGCAGCUACGGCUGUUAAUCACAGAAUGCCUGAAUACCACUGAAUUGGAUUUAUACAGAAUCAUUAGGACUAAAACAUUAGCCCAAGAUAUGAAAACCUUCACGCGCAAAGUUCUGUCGUGA